AUGGCUGUCUGUUGCUGUCGGACAGCGUUGAACAGUUGGACCACACCUUUGGUAGCUAUCGAACACAACAGCCGUUCCCUAUCCCUGUCCUCGGCUUUGGGCUUCAUCUUUUGCCAACUCUUGACAACAGUUCCAUCGGUUCCCACAAUCUCUAAGUCAUCUGUGGUCUCAUCUACUUGUCGUUUGAGCACUUUAUUGAUAGCGUCGGCCCAUCCGCUGUUGGUCUCCGUCUUGGAUGUGGUGGCGGAGCCCUCAAUGUCUUCGGCAAUGCCGUCGAAAUCGCUAUCAUUGGCACCAUUAAUGUCAUCCAAAUCUAAACCCGAUUCAACCUCUUCGUCACUCGACAGUGAAGACAUGGAUCAAAUGAGUGAUAUAUUGUGUGGUGAACACCAGUUCCCGGUGUAUAACCGGACAACCCAUGACUCGAUGUGGUAUCUAACCGAUUGCUUCACACAUUUGGUGAUAAUUAGUCCCAUCUAUACAUUACUGGUCAUUAUGUCUUCACUAUUGAUUGGCUGGACAUCAGUAUUGAAAUCACGCGAAGACGAGUCCGAAAGGCAUUUGAUUGACGGAAGCGAACAGAUCUCUAAUAUAUCCAUAACUUGUCAUACAAUUGACAAUCAGUUGUUAAAUGAAGAGAGCGCUGACAUUAUCUCAAAGAUAUUCUUCAAAUGGGUGUCACCACUGAUGAAGAGGGGAAUCGAGAGGAAUAUUUCUUCGCAUAACGAUGUGUUUCGACUCCAAAAUGAUAUUCACGCCAAUAAUGUCUCCCAAAAGUUUGAUUCUGUCUUUGCGUUGAAUCCAAUGACUAGUGAAGACACGUCGACCACAAGUGGCAAAAGUAAUUCAUUAUUGAAAUCAAUGUUCAAAUGCUAUGGAUUGGAGUUAUUAUACGUGGGAUCUCUUAAGUUGGUGAGCGAUAUCUUUUCAUUCGCGGGUCCACUCCUACUCAACCAAAUCGUCCAAUACCUGGAAAGUGAUGACCGCAACAGUUAUAAUGGAUUUUACUACUCAUUGGCCCUAUUCUUAUGCACACUCGUGUCGUCCGCAUCGAUCAGUUUAUUCAACUUUUAUAUAAACAAUAUUUCACUCAAAAUCAAGAGUUCUAUCAUAACAACGAUUUAUAAGAAAAUAUUUAGCGUCCGCUCAAACACUUUGAACUCACACUUCAGUACCGGAGAGAUAUUGAACUUCGCGAGCACUGACACCGACCGAGUGGUCAACUUCUGCCCCUCUUUACUACAAUUUAUAAGUCUUCCCAUUCAACUGUCAGUCACUCUAUACCUACUCUACCAACAGCUAGGCCUAGCAUUUGUCACUGGAGUUGUCUUCGCUAUAGUUUUAAUUCCUAUUAACCGAUGGAUUUGUAACAAAAUUGGGGUUUUAAGUGCAACAAUGAUGGACUGGAAGGACAAACGAAUUAAAUUAAUGAGUGAAAUAAUUAUGGGGAUUAGAGUCAUCAAAAUGCAUGGCUGGGAGGAUCUGUUUUGUGAACGCAUUCUUCACUUACGAAACAAAGAGGUUCAGUACCUUAAGGGAAGGAAAUAUUUGGAUGCUUUCUGUGUAUACUUUUGGGCGACAACUCCUAUACUCAUGUCUUCACUUGUUUUCGGGACAUUUGUUUUAUUGGGCGGCAACUUGACCGCUCCGGUAGUCUUCACAAAAGUGGACAAACAUUACAAUCAUAUGAUUACUGAGAGUGACCGCAAAGUGGAAGCAAUCGGUGUGUCAUUCAAUUCGUCGGAAUCCAAUAGAGUCCAGACAGACGUCACCUAUCGCAAAGUCGGGAGCGGAAAGAGUUCUCUCAUAAACGCAAUGUUAGGCGAAAUGCAGAGGAUUAGUGGAAAGCUUGGGAUCAGUAAAAGUGAUUUUGAAUCGGGAAUAGGAGUCGUAACUCAAGACCCUUGGAUUCAAAACACAACACUCAUGGAAAAUAUUUUAUUUGGAAAGCCUUUUAAUUCCCAAAGAUAUCACUUAGUUUUGGAGGCCUGCGCUCUCAUUGACGAUAUCAAUUCCUUCACUGACGGCGAUCUGACAGUCAUAGGCGACAGAGGAGUGACAUUAUCUAAUUACAAUCAUAUGAUUACUGAGAGUGACCGCAAAGUGGAAGCAAUCGGUGUGUCAUUCAAUUCGUCGGAAUCCAAUAGAGUCCAGACAGACGUCACCUAUCGCAAAGUCGGCAGCGGAAAGAGUUCUCUCAUAAACGCAAUGUUAGGCGAAAUGCAGAGAAUUAGUGGAAAGCUUGGGAUCAGUAAAAGUGAUUUUGAAUCGGGAAUAGGAGUCGUAACUCAAGACCCUUGGAUUCAAAACACAACACUCAUGGAAAAUAUUUUAUUUGGAAAACCUUUUAAUUCCCAAAGAUAUCACUUAGUUUUGGAGGCCUGCGCUCUCAUUGACGAUAUCAAUUCCUUCACUGACGGCGAUCUGACAGUCAUAGGCGACAGAGGAGUGACAUUAUCUGGUGGACAAAAAGCUAGGAUAUCGUUAGCGCGGGCUAUAUAUCAAGAUUUUGACAUUUAUUUUAUUGACGAUCCGUUUGCCAGUGUUGACAGUCAUGUGGCCGAACAGAUAUACAACAAAUGCAUUUGUGGUCUUUUGAAAGACAAAACUAAAAUAUUAAGCACUCAUCACCAGAAAUACCUCAUAAAAGCUGAUCUCAUAUUAAAGUUAGAUUCGGGACAAAUCAUGACAUCCGGUUCACCUGAAACGGUGCUUAAGAUUAAAGACAAAUCAAAGGAACACAAAAAACAAAGUGGAGAUAUAGAUGAGGUUGAAGUGGACAAUGAAAAUGAGUUGAAAUUAAGGGAAGAGGAAAGGGAAGAAGGAGUGGUUAAACUGGAUAUAUAUCUAACUUAUGUCAAAUCUGUUGGCCUCUAUCUCUCCAUUUUUAUAUUAUUAUCCAUUUUAUUGAUGCAAACGUCCAAAAGCGCGUCCGACUGUUGGCUUGCAUUUUGGACGUCAAACAAUCUGUCGGAUAUGAGCUCAAAACUGUCCACAUAUUAUCUGAUAGUCUUUGGAUGUAUUGCUGCCAUCAAUUCAGUGCUGACUCUAAUCCGUUCGUUUAUCUUCGCUUAUGGAGGAGUGAUGGCAGCGCUUAGACUUCACUCACAAUUAUUGCUGAAAAUAUUUCGAGCUCGGGUUCUCUUCUUUGAUUUGACCGCUUUUGGCCGAAUCAUCAAUAGAUUCUCGUCCGAUGUGUUCAAUGUAGACGACGGCCUUCCCUUUACACUCAACAUAUUCUUGAGUCAAAUGUCUAGUUUGUUGGCUUCACUAGUCAUAACAGUGUAUGGCUUGCCAUGGAUUGCAUUCCUGUAUUUGUACUCAAAUCUGUUCAUUAAACUGAAAAUUCUUGAUCAGUUGGACGAAACACUUCACGGUUUGUAUUUGUACUCAAAUCUGUUCAUUAAACUGAAAAUUCUUGAUCAGUUGGACGAAACACUUCACGGUUUGGUUACUAUCAGAGCAUUUGAUCUAUGA